CCCGGGCGAGCAGGCUGCGCGUGGCCGCCGCGUCUCCUCCGCCCGCGCCGGGCGUCACUUGCGCGCUCCAGAAAGCGCAGAGCCCGUCCCGCAGCCGGGGAGCCUCUCCCGCGGGCGCACGCAGGAGUCCCCCGCAGCCGCGGCCGGGGCCGGGGCAUCUUCGGGGUCCCGCGCUGCUGCCACCCCGCGUCUCCUUUGCUCGGCAGGCUUGGGGACAGGGAAGCGGCUCCCGGGUCCGGGGCGCCGCGCCCGGCUCCGGUGCAGGAUGGAGAGCAAGGCGCUGCUGGCCGUCGCCCUGUGGCUGUGCGUGGAGACCCGGGCCGCCUCCGUGGGUUUGCCUAGUGCUUCUCUCGCUCCGCCCAAGCUCAGCGUACAAAAAGACAUACUCACAGUUAUGGCUAAUACAACUCUUCAAAUUAAUUGCAGAGGACACCGGGACUUGGACUGGCUUUGGCCCAACAAUCAGAGCGGCGCUGGGGACAGGGUGGGGAUAACAGAGUGCAGCGACAGCCUCUUCUGCAAGACACUCACAAUCCCCAAAGUGAUCGGAAAUGAUACUGGAGCCUACAAGUGCUUCUACCGGGAAACUGACUUGGCAUCAGUCAUUUAUGUCCACGUUCAAGAUUAUAGAUCUCCAUUUAUUGCAUCUGUCAGUGACCAGCAUGAAGUUGUGUAUAUUACCGAGAACAAAAACAAAACUGUGGUGAUUCCAUGUCUUGGGUCCAUUUCAAACCUCAACGUGUCACUUUGUGCGAGGUAUCCAGAAAGGCGGUUUGUUCCUGAUGGUAACAGAAUUUCCUGGGACAGCAAGAAAGGCUUUACUAUUCCCAGCUACAUGAUCAGCUAUGCUGGCAUGGUCUUCUGCGAAGCCAAAAUUAAUGAUGAGAGUUACCAGUCCAUUACGUACAUAGUUGCAGUUGUAGGGUAUAGGAUUUAUGAUGUCCUUCUGAGCCCGGCUCACGAAGUUGAGCUCUCUGUCGGAGAGAAGCUUGUCUUAAAUUGCACAGCAAGAACUGAACUAAACGCCAGGGUUGAAUUCAGCUGGGAACACCACUCUUUGAAGGAUCAACACAAGAAAUUUACAAAUCGGGAGCUAAAAAGCCCGUCUGAGAGUGAGGUGAAGAAAUUUUUGAGCACCUUGACGAUAGAUGGUGUCACGCGCAGUAACCAAGGCUGGUACACCUGUGUGGCCUCCAGCGGGCUGAUGACCAAGCGCAACAGCACCUUUGUCCGAGUCCACGAAAAACCUUUUGUUGCUUUUGGGAGUGGCAUGGAAUCCUUGGUGGAAGCCACGGUGGGGGAGCGUGUCCGAGUCCCCGUGAAGUACCUGGGCUACCCGGCCCCUGACAUCAAAUGGUAUAAAAACGGAAGACCCAUCGAGUCCAAUCACACGAUCAGAGUGGGGCACGUGCUGACCAUUCUGGAAGUGAGUGAAAAAGACACGGGCAAUUACACCGUCGUCCUCACCAACCCCAUUUCAAAGGAGAAGCAGAGCCACGUGGUGUCUCUGCUUGUGAAUGUCCCACCCCAGAUCGGCGAGAAGUCUCUGAUCUCUCCGGUGGAUUCCUACCAGUAUGGCACCACCCAGACACUGACGUGCACGGUCUACGCGGUUCCUCCCCCGCACCACGUCCACUGGUACUGGCAGUUGGAGGAAGAGUGUCCCAACAAGCCCAGCCGGGGCAUCUCAGUGACAAACCCAUAUGCUUGUAAAGAAUGGAGAAGCGUGGAGGACUUUCAGGGAGGGAAUAAAAUCGAGGUCAACAAAAAUCAAUUUGCCCUAAUCGAAGGGAGAAACAAAACUGUGAGUACCCUCAUCCAAGCGGCAAACGUGUCAGCUCUGUACAAAUGCGAAGCGGACCAAACUGGGAGAAGGAGAGAGGUCACCUUCCACGUGACCAGGGGUCCUGAAGUUACUUUGCAACCUGGCACCCAGCCGUCCGAGCAGGAGAGCGUGUCUUUGUGGUGCAGUGCGGACAGGAUGACAUUCGAGAACCUUACGUGGUACAAGGUUGGCCGGCAGCAGGCUCUGCCGAUCCACGUGGGAGAGCUGCCCACGCCUCUUUGCAAGAACCUGGAUACUCUUUGGAAACUGAAUGCCACCAUGAUCUCUAACAGCACAAAUGACAUUUUGGUCAUGGAGCUCCAGAAUGCAUCCUUGCAGGACCAGGGAGACUACGUCUGCUUUGCUCAAGACAGGAAGACCAAGAGAAGACACUGUGUGGUCAGGCAGCUCACAGUCCUAGAGCGCGCGGCGCCCAUGAUCACAGGAAACCUAGAAAAUCAGACGACAAAUAUCGGUGAAACCAUCGAGGUUUCGUGCUCGGCGUCUGGGAACCCCCCUCCACAGAUUACCUGGUUUAAAGAUAACGAGACCCUCGUGGAAGACUCCGGCAUUGUAUUGAAAGACGGGAACCGAAACCUUACUAUCCGCAGAGUGAGGAAGGAGGAUGAAGGCCUCUAUACCUGCCAGGCCUGCAGUGUUCUGGGAUGUGCAAAAGUGGAAGCAUUUUUCAUAAUAGAAGGUGCCCAGGAAAAGACGAACUUGGAAGUAAUCAUUCUAGUAGGCACCGCGGUGAUCGCCAUGUUCUUCUGGCUCCUUCUUGUCAUCGUCCUACGGACCGUUAAGCGGGCCAGUGAAGGGGAACUGAAGACGGGCUACUUGUCCAUCGUCAUGGACCCAGACGAACUGCCCCUGGACGAGCACUGCGAACGCCUGCCCUAUGAUGCCACCAAAUGGGAGUUUCCCAGAGACCGGCUGAAACUGGGCAAGCCUCUUGGCCGUGGGGCCUUUGGCCAAGUGAUCGAAGCUGAUGCCUUUGGAAUUGACAAGACAGCAACUUGCAAGACAGUGGCCGUCAAAAUGUUGAAAGAAGGAGCAACACACAGCGAGCACCGAGCCCUCAUGUCUGAACUCAAGAUCCUCAUCCACAUCGGCCACCACCUCAACGUGGUCAACCUCCUGGGUGCCUGCACCAAGCCCGGGGGGCCACUCAUGGUCAUCGUGGAAUUCUGCAAGUUUGGGAACCUGUCCUCUUACUUAAGGAGCAAGAGAAAUGAAUUUGUCCCCUACAAGUCCAAAGGGGCGCGGUUCCGCCAGGGGAAGGACUACGUCGGGGAAAUCCCUGUGGACCCCAAGCGCCGCUUGGACAGCAUCACCAGCAGCCAGAGCUCCGCCAGCUCCGGAUUCGUGGAGGAGAAAUCCCUCAGCGACGUAGAGGAAGAGGAAGCUCCUGAAGAUCUGUAUAAGGAUUUCCUGACCUUGGAGCAUCUCAUCUGUUUCAGCUUCCAAGUGGCUAAGGGCAUGGAGUUCUUGGCUUCGAGAAAGUGUAUCCACAGAGACCUGGCGGCACGAAAUAUCCUCUUGUCGGAGAAGAACGUGGUGAAAAUCUGUGACUUUGGCUUGGCCCGGGAUAUUUACAAGGACCCGGAUUAUGUCAGAAAAGGAGAUGCUCGCCUCCCUUUGAAAUGGAUGGCCCCGGAGACGAUUUUUGACAGAGUCUACACAAUUCAGAGUGACGUGUGGUCUUUUGGUGUCUUGCUCUGGGAAAUAUUUUCCUUGGGUGCUUCUCCAUAUCCUGGGGUAAAGAUCGACGAGGAAUUUUGUAGGCGAUUGAAAGAAGGGACUAGGAUGAGGGCCCCUGACUACACCACACCGGAAAUGUACCAGACGAUGCUUGACUGCUGGCAUGGAGACCCCGACCAGAGACCCACGUUUUCAGAGUUGGUGGGACAUCUGGGAAACCUGUUACAAGCAAAUGCUCAGCAGGAUGGCAAAGAUUACAUUGUUCUUCCAAUAUCAGAGACUUUGAGCAUGGAAGAGGAUUCUGGACUCUCUCUGCCUACCUCACCUGUUUCCUGCAUGGAGGAAGAGGAAGUGUGUGACCCCAAAUUCCAUUAUGACAACACAGCAGGAAUCAGUCAGUAUCUGCAGAACAGUAAGGGAAAGAGCCGGCCGGUGAGUGUCAAAACAUUUGAAGAUAUCCCAUUGGAAGAACCAGAAGUCAAAGUAAUCCCAGAUGACAACCAGACGGAUAGUGGUAUGGUUCUCGCCUCCGAAGAGCUGAAAACUUUGGAAGACAGAACAAAAUUAGCUCCGUCUUUUAGCGGGUUGGUGCCCAGCAAAAGCAGGGAGUCCGUGGCAUCUGAGGGUUCCAACACGAGCGGCUACCAGUCCGGGUACCACUCGGACGACACGGACACAACCGUGUGCUCAGCGAGGAGCGGACUUUUGAAGCUGGUGGAGAUGGUGCGGGCGCCUGGGCGGAUCCUGCAGCCCGACGCUGGGAACGCACUGAGCUCCCCCUGUUUAAAGGAGUCCACCCGACCCCCUGCCUCCCCAGCUCCUGGAUGCCCCGCAAGAGGUGCUGCUCUGAUCGUCAAUGUCGUUCUCUCAUCGCCGGGAAGUGGCCACAUUUGA